CAGUUCCUCGACGGAAGUCCGACGGGUUACACCUUCAUUGCAAGGGGUCUACUCGCACUUACGCUUUAUAUCUAGACACUCGCUAUCAGGUUGAUCACGUUCUUUUAGAGGUGGUGUUUAAAGCCUUUUCCCGAUACAACAGUGGAUCGCAAACGUUUAGUGUCUUAUGGUUUGGCGGAAGUUUCAGACACAGCCAGUUCUCAAUCAAUCAAAACCACUAUAAAUUCUGCAACACAAUGGUGCAAACGGUGCUGAAGCGGGCACGUGACGCAAUGUCCAAGUUCGUGGUAAACAACGUGGCCGGCGAGUCUGGCCGCAAGCUGCCACAGUACAUUGCCGGGCUGGCCGCGUCCGGCGGUGCACUGGCAGCCGGUACAUUUCUCGGCUGGACGGCCCCGACCGACAAACCGCUCACGGUCGAGGGCGAGUACGGGUUCCCGGUGUCGGACGAGCAGUUCUCGUGGGUCGGUUCGAUCUCGAACCUGGGUGCGGCCCUGAUGUGCUUCCCGAUCGGCUAUAUGAUGAAGCUGAUCGGGCGAAAAUGGUCCAUGCUGGCGAUGGUGCUGCCGCUCGUGCUCGGCUGGCUGCUGAUCAUCUUUGCGGAGAACGUGGCGAUGCUGAUGGUCGGCCGGUUCUUCCUCGGCGUCGGGGGCGGUGCGUUCUGCGUGGCGGCACCGACGUACACGGCGGAGAUAGCGCAGCCGUCGAUUCGCGGUACGCUCGGCACGUUCUUUCAGCUGAUGGUGACGGUUGGAAUACUGUUCGUGUACGCGGUGGGCGCCGGCGUCGACGUGCAGGUGCUGAGCAUUAUCUGCGGCGUGAUUCCGCUCGUGUUCGGUGCGAUCUUUUUCUUCAUGCCAGAAAGCCCGUACUAUUUCGUGGAAAAGGGACGAUACAGUGAAGCGGCCAGCUCGCUGAAAUGGCUCCGGGGCGCUCAGUACGACGAGAAUGCGGAGAUCGAAGACCUGAAGCAGGCGGACGAGAAGGUAAAAGCGGAAGCGAUCCCGAUGCUGGUCGCCUUCCGGCAGAAGGCGACCGUGCGCGCCCUGGCCAUCUCGCUCGGGUUGAUGUUUUUCCAGCAGCUGUCCGGCAUCAACGCGGUCAUCUUCUACAACUCGGCCAUCUUCGCCAGCGCCAACGGGGGCAAGGAGAUGAGCUCGGCGUCGAUCAUCGUCGGCGGUAUCCAGGUGGUGGCGACGCUGCUCGCCUCCGUCGUGGUGGAUAAGGUCGGCCGGCGCAUCCUGCUGCUCGUAUCCGACCUGAUGAUGGCGGUGUCGACCAUACUGCUCGCGGUGUACUUCCAGCUCAAGCAGGACGAUCCGGCCAAGGUGGACGACCUCAGCUGGCUGGCCGUGCUGGCGGUCUGCCUGUUCAUCGCCAUGUUCUCGAUCGGGUACGGCCCGGUGCCGUGGCUGAUGGUGGGCGAGCUGUUCGCGAACAAUGUGAAAGCGUUCGCCAGCCCGGUGGCGGGCGUAUUCAACUGGCUGCUCGCCUUCCUCGUGACGAAGGUGUUCACCAACCUGAAGGACGCGAUGGGUGAGGCGGGCGUGUUUUGGCUGUUUUCCGGCAUCUCGCUGCUCGGUACGGUGUUUGUGUUUUUGGUCGUGCCGGAAACGAAGGGCAAAUCGUUGAACGACAUCCAGCGGAUACUGGCGGGCGAGAAACUGAACGCCGACGAACCGGCCGGCCUGCCCGAGCCGAGAGACGAGCGGGAUGAGCGACCGGCGCAGGUGGCAUGAGCAUGAGGGACCGGGGGUAGUAGUGGGUUGUUUACAUAUUCCGUAAGGUUUAGUUCUUUUUUAAUAUUUUGAGUGUGUAUAAUCGUCGUGUUCCAUCGAUGUGAUAUGUAGAACAAAAAGGAAUGGGAGAUCAUAACGGCCACCUUUGGUCGGGGCGAACCUGAACAUGGGCAACGCCAAAGUGGGGGAAACGUGCGUAGGAGCGACUGAUUCGAGGCAGCAUUGAAUGGAAAAUAGCUUAAAUCACUAGACAAGUAUGAGUAAUGACGACAUUUUAAAUUAAAAAAUAGUACAAUAUACGA